UUUGUUCGAAGUGUUGCUGGCAACAUGUUGUUCGCGGCUGAUUUAACGAAAUCUAUCAACAGACGGGAGGCAUCUUUCGCAGGGGAGCACACCAUGCUGCGAACCCGAGCAAAGGCAACGCACUCUGCGAUCGUUGAGGUGAUCGAAGGGCAGCGUGCACUGGCAUCACUGCAGUCCAAAAACGAGAGAGCCCUGGACGAAUUUUUUGGACUUUUCGGAAAGGGAGGGGACGCCGUCGCGCCAUUAGAAACCUCGCUCACCUCGGACCCGCGUGAUUUCGUUCAUGUGCCUUCUGCGGAAUGUAUCCGCAACCACGUUGUCUAUGACUUCAGUCUGGUCGAGGAUUUCAUCAGUUUGACAUUCCUUCGCAGUCUCUCUGAGGCGGAGUCGCUGCGUGGCGACCACACUUUUAUGGAAGGGAGAUUAGUUAGUUAUAGGACAUAUCUCAACUUUCUUACUUUAAGCAGCCGCUUUAACUCCACAUCGAAACGAUGAUCCCCGAUGACGUAGGAGACUGGGCUAAUAUUUCAUACUCUUAAGAUAGGGCUGCCUCUAUCUCUAAUAAGUCCUAGGUAAGCGCCAUUAUUGGUAGUCAAGUAGCGCACGCUUCUGGCUGUGUGAGUCUUGGCCCCUUGCUGGUGUUGCUUGAUGGGUAAAAAGAGGCUUACAUACUUCUUUGAGGUGUUUAGUAAGUAUCUAUUGGCAUUGCCUUGGCGCACGCACAUUUUGCCGUAGCUCUAAUUUUCGGCCUACUGGGAACGCGUGCAUUCAUACGACAGCGUCGCAGACGGGUGAGGUUGUGGACGUGGCGAGCUGUGUAACCAAGUCUUUCGCUGAUUAUGGAGGAUGUAGGUGCAAUUUAGCCGAUGCUGCUCCUUGGUUAACUCUGAGUAAGGGAAUUAAGUAUGUAGAGCUCGUUCUCGGUGAGGGUCUAAUUACCUAUCCAAAAGGAGGAAUUCUGCGGCCUCUUCUCUGUGCCCCCCGAAAAACUUGGGAGGGGGGCCCCGUUCGCUGCCUCUCUAAUUUUAGCUGCGUGACCACUUCAAGAAAGUCGACGAAGCGCGUGAGGCGCAGAAGCUCCCAAAGCCGAAGAUCAGGCGCGUCUGGCUAGAUGGCACAGCGUGCUGCACGGGGAAACGACGAGCGCCAGGCGCACCAAGAAAGACAGUUGCUACGAG